CCCGGAGCAACUCCGCGGCCGUGCUUGCUGCCGCGCCUGGCGGAGCUGCCAAGCUUCUGCGGAAAGCAUCCGCCGCGGAAACAAAAAAAGGCGGCAAGACCCAGCCCGGCGCGCGUGCUUCGGCUAGCAAGGUGCUCCCCGCUUGGUUUUUUUUUUCCUUCUUUGUCUCGCAGGUUCGUGACUUCUGCGCCAGCUACUUACCACAACCACUGGCCUUCUUCUCACUCAUGCUUUUGUGCGGCUAUGGUGUCCUAAUGCUUUCUGUUUCUUGCCUUUCGUGAUUUUGAAUCUCCGACCCAAAUUCCCUCCAUCAAACAAAAACAGGCUCAAGCCGUGGACGUGGUCUUGAAAUCCAACGACAAGAAAGACAAAAAACACAAAGAGAAGAUGAAGAAUAACAAGAAGGAGCCGAAAAUACAAAAACAGGCUCAACCCGUGGCCCGGAAACGGAACGACAAGAAGGACAAAAAGCAAAAAGACGAGGAGAAGAAGAAGGGGCCCCCGAAGUAUGAUUUGGGUCUGGACCUGGUGGAUGAUUAUUAUGAUGCGAUCGAGCGGGAGAGCUCCCAAAAAAAGAAAAGCAAGAAGCUGUGACAUAACUCAGUUGGACUCGAGGAGAUGCGUUGGCCUUUUUUCUUGUCGAUCUCGG